AGUACACGUGUGUGUUCAGUGCCUCAGUGACAGAAGCAGCAGCAGCAGCACCGCCGCUAUGGAGGAGAAGAUUAACCUGGAUUUGGAGGAUUUUUCCUCCGAGCCGUUUCUGGACUCGCUGGUUAAAGAGUUUAUAGAACAGGACCCUGCUUUCCUAAUCGGGGUGUUCGUGGCUUUAGCAGUGGUUAUAAUAACAGUAGUGUUAUUUAAGUUUCUGUUCAGUACCAAGACUAAAAGAAGCAGUGUGCUGCUGGUGGGUUUGUGUGAUUCAGGGAAGACUCUUCUCUUCAGUAGACUCUUGGCAGGGAGAUUCACAAACACUCAAACAUCCAUCUCUGAAAACAGUGCAAACUAUAAAACCAAAAAUGAGAAGGGUACCACCUGGACUCUUGUUGACCUUCCUGGCCAUGAAAGUCUGAGGCCUCAGUUUUUGGAGAGGUUUAAGGCUUCUGCAAGAGCGAUAGUGUUCGUGGUGGACAGUGCAGUCUUCCAGAAGGAGGUGAAGGAUGUGGCUGAGUUGCUUUACUCCUUGCUGACGGACAGUGUGGUGACCAGGAAUGCCCCAACUCUGCUGAUCGCGUGCAACAAACAAGAUAUUACAAUGGCGAAGUCAGCCAAACUGAUUCAGCAGCAGCUGGAGAAGGAGCUGAACACUCUGAGGAUGACCCGCUCUGCAGCCCUCACCUCUCAGGACGGCUCUGACGGGACAGCGGUGCACUUGGGGAAGAGAGGGAAGGACUUUGACUUCUCUCAGCUGCCCAUGAAGGUGGAGUUUGUAGAGUGCAGCGCUCGUGGCAGCAAGGGUGAAGACGAGGACGCCGACAUCGAGGCUCUGGAGAGGAGUCUGGCUAAGCUGUGAUGGACUGAUCUGUGAUUGAUUGUUGUUUUUCUUCCAUUCAGAAACUCCCUCUUAAUGCACGUGUUUGCAUUAAACGUCUUCGUUAUUUACUUUCUCGUCAGUAUUGUUUCUUAUGACACUAUAACUUUUUUUUUAAUUAGAAUUCUCCCAGGUGACAAAAUUUAACUUUAUUUUCCCCUCAAUUUGCUCUAAGUGCAAGAUUGAUAACCAAGGUAUUGGUAAGAGCCCAUCUCUUGGUACAUCUUAAUGUUUUUCAUAAAGGGUUAUGACUCUAACCCUAGAUAAUGAAAUAUUAUUUAUUUUUGUGGGCGGAUGUGAUGCUUUUCAAGGUACAAUGCAUUUGUUACUCUGUCAUUUAUGUCAUGUCCAUGUCUGCUUUGUGCCUUAGAGCUGAGAUCCAGCUAACAACAAUGUAGUUUUGGUCCUGCAUCAACUUUUAACAACUGUAAAUAAAUAAAUAAAUAAAGUUUUUCUGAUGUUUGCAUUCUUAAA